AUGUCAAUCACAAGCUUGCCUUUAGAGCUAUUGACUCAUAUCUGCGAGUAUCUUGAGCCUCAGGAUUGGGGCGCGUUCAGGAUCACUUGCCGCCAAAUACACGACAACACACUGGAGGCAUAUGCAACCCGAUACUUCAAAACAAUAUCGCUUCUUCUCACCCGUGAAGGUCUUGAUCGCCUGGAGCAUAUUGCAGCCUGCAAUGAGACUCUUCGUGGCUCAGUUGAAGAAAUUUGGAUUAUUCCGACCUUGUUGGAAAGCUGGACUCAUUUGGACAAGGUAAGGUUUCCAUCGGUGGACACAACGGCGCCUUUGGUUAGAUGGGGACGCAAUCCACCAAUAGAAGAACCGGGUGCAAUUCAGGCUGAGUUUGAGGCUCUAUACUCUGUCUUCGAAGCUACACUGAAAGAACACCGUGCUAUUCUCGAAUCGGGACUCUUUAGUGCCCUUGAAAAAUGCCUACCACGCCUUGAAAACGCCAUUACUAUUGGCUUACGGUUUUACGCAACAAAUUUCCUCCUCGAUAUAGUAAAGCCCAGUGGCUUCACCUGCCUGGGCUUAUGUGAAUUGAAGAGCAAGUUUAAUUACAACUUGAAAAUUCUUCCAAUGUUUCCUCAGAGAUUCCCAUUUAUCCCUUACAAUUUAGCAUUCACACAACUGCUGAAUGCUAUAAUCAAGUCCAGUCACGAGAUUCAAGCGCUCCAUACAUGUGGCCUUUCCCAUGGCGGCCAUGACUCUUGCGGGAUGACGUUGAAAUCUUUCCAACUACCAGAGUCACAGUAUCACUUACUGCUUCCACUAUUAAAGGAUCUGACAACUCUACAUAUGUGCAUUCGCCUUAAAGAUCACGAACAAGAAACAUUCGACGAGAAGACAUUCAAACGUCUUCUUAAUGUUCUGGUCACAGUUGCACCGACGCUCAAAAUCCUGACCUUUGCCCAAUGGAGUCCCAUAGAGGAAUUAUCUCCUCUCUACUUUGAGGAUGUCUCUCAGAGAAUCCAGUUUUCCCGACUAGAGGAACUUCAUCUUCAUUCCAUCGAGGUAACGGUGAAUAGCCUGGAAGGAUUUCUACGAACGGCAGCCCCAACCUUGAAACGACUGACUCUGGAGUUAGUCAGUUUAGUGGAUGGGAUAAAAUCACCUGAAAAGCCAGAUCCAGGACCUCUGACUGAAGACAGUCGUAGUUGGGUCUUUUCAUUAUCUGCUGAAGUCAAAAAUGACAUGCAGGGGCUUUGGAAGCGCGUUUUUGAAUCAUGGGCACAUCAUCUCAAGCAGGCGCAAUACGUCCAACUGUUCAACCUUGGCUACCGGGGAAGAUAUGUCAAGUUACAAGAUCACUUGUAUACGAAACGCGGGCAGCCGAAUGCACAGCCUUCUCCAAGCUUCAAUCCCUCAAGCUUCUAUUUUGAUGCCGAGAGGGCCACUAUACCUUUCCAAGAGUGGAUCACGCAGCUUCAGAUAGAGAUGUGGCAUCCACAAUUAUUUGGAGGUCGCGUACUCCCAGGGACCAGCGGCAUCAACGUACGCCAACUAGGCCUAGGAAUCAGUAGGCAGGUUCCUGCGGUAUGCAUCUUCAACCCUCCUCAAAACGUACGAUUGGAACCCGAAGAGGAAAACAGGCGAAUUAUGGCAGAACUCAUUGAGUUGAGCAAGAGGCAGAGGCAAAUUCGGCUUGAGCAAGAGGCAACGCGGUAA